GAUCUAUUGAUAUCAAUUAGGGGGUAUAUACUAUUCUACAGUGAGAGACUAACGAGGCUGUUCAAGCGUCCUCUCAAGACUCAAUGCGACACCUUAGGCAUAGUCCCAGUCCGGUUAGCGCGAUCCAACAGACUAACAAACUACUCAAAUCGUCUCCAUCUCCAUCUCCAUCUCUAUCAGAAUAUCCUCACCCAUACAACCUGGCAACUCAUGCGUCUGCCACAUCCACCACAGAUCUCACUUCACUAUACCAAUAUUUAGCUGACUCUCGAGCACUAAUACAACCCCACAGAAUACACAGGCAAGUCCCAUCCCAUCCAUCCCACUACACCCCUCACCUCCCCUCCAACCUCUCCAAAGAUGCCAAACCUGGUAAAAGGUCAGACAGCAAAGACCAAGAAACCACACUUCCCACAAAGCCGAAGGUACUACUCACAUCAUACACAACUCAAACGUCAACAAACCCAACAACCCAACAACCCCAAACCGACCGUUCUUCAAACCCCUUCCAGAAUCCCUUCUCCACACGCACCGCAACGCAACGCAGCGCAACGCGCCGCUCUCCCAAAACCACUAUCCAGUCGAGAAUGAACCGCCCUUGUUACUUUGUCUUCAUAUCUUCUUUCCGGAGUCCUCUCUUCUCGAUACUUUUCUUUUUCUCUACUCUCUAUACUCACUCUCAACUGUCAAUCUCUCUCCCGAAAAAAAGGAAAAAUUCCAAACACAUGCUUAACGUAAAAGGCAAAGGACACAACCUACAAGACCACCGGUCCCGUCCUGGGAAGAUCCAUGUGUACAAAAAAAGUGAACUGUUCUCCCUUCUUACCCGUUCAGCCCUUUCUCCCUCCGCCUGUCCUUCUCCCUCAUCAUCUAUCCAUCUCUGGGUUGGUGGACGGAUGAAUGAUAGAAUUGAUAGACGAGGAUUAGUCAGACGUUCGGAACGAGAAGCACGAACAGACCAGCCACAUACUGGAGUUUUCGGUCCGCUUUUUCUAUGAGGAAUUUCGGAAACUAAUGGCUGUGGCGGACAUUUUCGUGGGUUGUUUUGUUGGGUUUGGGAGAGAGAGAGAUAGUGUGAGAGAGUGGGUG